AUGGAGGAGUUGCGUCGCAACCACGAUGCCCGUGCUGCUGCCCGUGAUGCUGAGAUGGAGGAGUUGCGUCGCAACCAUGAUGCCCGUGCUGACGCGUGGAUUACAGGAGUCAGCUCAGGAGUUCAUGGUGGCACAUGGCCUGGAGAACAACGCAGCCGUAUUCUCAAAUGGCUGCGCGAGAAUGAGUGUCCUUGGGAUGCAGCAACUUGUGCUCAGGCUGCCAAAGGAGGGCACCUGGAUAUCUUGCAAUGGGCUAGAGAGAACGGAUGCCCUUGGGAUGAAGAGACUUGUGCUAAGGCUGCCGAUGGAGGACACCUGGAUAUCUUGCAAUGGGCUAGAGAGAACGGAUGCCCAUGGAAUGUCACCACAUGUUCAUCCGCUGCUGGUGGGGGACAUCUAACAGUUCUUAAAUGGGCUCGUGAAAACGGCUGCCCAUGGGGUCCUGGGACCUGUGCUGUUGCUGCUAUGUAUGGUCGUCUGGAUACCCUGGAAUAUGCUCAUGAAAACGAUUGUCCUUGGAGUGAAUGGACCUGUGCUAAUGCCGCUAUGUUCGGGCAGCUCAAUACCUUGCAGUAUGCGCACGAAAAUGGGUGUCCUUGGGAUGAAGAAACCUGUGAUGUUGCAGCUAUGUGUGGCCAUUUCGAUAUCCUGAAAUAUGCUCAUGAAAAUGGUUGCCCCUCGACUGCUAACACCUAUGCUCUGAGCUUGCAGUUGGAAUGAUGAUGUCUUGGAGUAUCUCCGAACCAAUGGAUGUCCAAGGCCCCGGAAUCGAGGUCGCAACUCCUCAUAAUAAUGUAGAAACCACGUUUUGAGACCUAGUUCUAGAUUUU